AUGUCCACCUAUGCUAUGUUCUUAAAGGAUAUUAUAUCCAAGAAAAGAAGCAUAGGGAAAUACGAGAUGGUGGCUUUAACGCAAGUCAAUACGAUAAUUCCUCCAAAGAUGAGAGACCCUGGAAGUUUUACAAUACCUUGUUCAAUUGGAGGAAUUUAUAUUGGGCAUGCUCUAUGCGAUCUAGGGGCAAGCAUAAAUCUAAUGCCCUCGUCAAUUUUUAAACAAUUAGAGAUUGGAGAACUCACUCUCACCACAGUGACCCUCCAAUUAGUAGACCGAUCUCUUGUACAUCUGAAAAGGAAGUUGGAAGAUGUGUUGGUCAAAGUGGAUAAAUUCAUCCUUCCUGCAGACUUCAUUAUACUUGAUUAUGAAGCUGAUAAAGAUGUCCCUACUAUCUUGGGAUGGUCAUUUCUCUCCACUAUAAGAGCGCGGAUCGAUGUACAUAAAGGAGAGAUUGCAAUGAAUGACAAUAGUAAAAAGCUAAAGUUUAGCAUCAUUAAGGCGAUGAAAUACCCGGAUGAAGUACACUCAUGCGAUAUAGAUGAGGAAUGGCCCUGCAGUUUUGAUUGGGAAGCAGAUGAAGAAUCAGGACCAAAGGAAGAGGCCUACACUGCAGUCAAAUCAUGUAAUGUGAUGACUGUAAUACAGAAAACUUGUGAACCGAUGAAUAUAGAGGAAGAAAAUGGCUUGAAUAAAACUUCUCUGGAACAACCUCUGGAAUUAAAGGUGUCACCAACCCAUUUAAAGUAUACUUUCCUGGGACAGAGUGAAACCUUGCCAAUCAUCAUAUCAUACACACUUUCCAAAGAAAGAGAAGCAACCCUUUUGAAGUAUUAA